UGUCGUGGGUGUGUCAUAGGGCAAAACAUUUUACCGUUAUUGCUCUGGAUGACAUAUGACAUGCCUUCCAUACGUAUGUUGUACAGUGAGGUAGUUACCAUGGAGACCUCACCUAAAAUGACCCUGGCUGUUCACGGGGCGAUAAACCAAGCAAGCAAACAUAAACAUUAACGACAUCACGGUUGUCGUUGAUAAGGUCAGGUACUGCUCGGGUCCCGUUGCUAUGGUAAUUGGGAAUCAGAAUUUGCCGGAUUUAAUUGAUAUAUUUUAUUAUUGUGAGUUAUCUAGUUUGUCCCACUAGAUCGGUAAUGAAACCCUGCGAUAUACGAUUGAUAUACAAGCCAGACGUAAUUGAAUUAUAAUCAGUAUUCGGACACUGGUCACGUCAGAUUUGAACCUAGGGAUAUACAAAUAUGUAUUCAACGUUCAAGGGCAUUUAAAUGUCGCAUGGAAGCAAUGAAAGUGUAAGGCCGCUAUAGGCUAUCGUACCCAUGUGUAUGUGCGGAUUAUUAUCUAGAACGGCUGUGUUCAGAUAUAUGUGGUGUAUACCAGCUUUACACACCAACCUGCCUGAAUAGAUUACAAUGGAGCUGGAUAACUUGUUGAGUUUUAACGGUGUGACUUUGGCCAUUUGUGUUGUCCUGUUGGUUUUGCUGAUCAGAUGGUUCAACCAAUGGCCAGCCAAUAUUCCACCCAGCCCGCCAGGGUAUCCUAUCGUGGGAAAUAUACCUCUGAUGCUGAAGGGUAAACCCCAGGACAUAUACCGAGGACUUCGCCCAAAGUACGGGGACGUGUUCAGUCUAAAACUAGGCAGAACGCUCUCGGUUAUCAUCAAUGGAUCCGAAACACUACGGGAAGCUUUUAUAAAACAGGGUGAUGAUUUUUCAGAUCGUCCCAAUAACUAUCUUUUGUCUGUACUGAUGAGAGAUAAAGGGAUCCUGGCAUCUUCUGGUGAACACUGGAAACGAACAAGGACACUUGCACUCUCAACUCUGCGUGAUUUUGGAUUCGGGAAGAAGUCUUUAGAAGGUCGUGUCCUGGAAGAGGCGGAGGCAUUUCUCAGUGUGAUCGAAAAGCAGAACGGCACUCCCUACAGUUCUGCCAGCAUUAUUCAGGUGAUGAUAUCAAACAUCAUUUGUAGUAUUGUGUUCGGUGAGAGGUUUGAUUAUGACGACAAAAAGUUUAAGAAACUUCUAUCUAUGCUGGAAGAAUUGGCUAGGUUGAACCCAGCCGCGGGUGUUAUGAAUGUCAUUCCCUGGGUACGAUAUCUACCAGGAGACAUCAUUGGUAUGAAAAAGUUUGCCAGACUUUUUCAAGCUAUUUUUGACUUCAUACAAGAGGAGAUUGCUGAACACAAAAGAACGUACGAUGAGGAUAACUUACGAGACUUUAUUGAUGCCUUCCUUAGACAGAAAUCCAAACAUGACUUGGACGAUCCUGUUUUUGAUGACUUUAAUAUCGAAGCAUCCGUUUUGAAUCUAUUUGUCGCCGGGACAGGAACAACAGCCGCUACAACGCAAUGGGCCAUCUUGUUUCUCCUUCAUCAUAGAGAUAUCCAGAACAAGUUACGGGAUGAAAUCAGUACAGUUGUGGGCUCGGGUAGAUAUCCUUCCCUAAACGACAAACCAAACAUGCCUUUUUACGAAGCCUUCAUCACAGAGGUCAUUCGUAAGGGCAAUAUUGCACCUGUAGCAUUUCCUCAUGGAGCUACAAACGACAUCCAAUUCCGGGGAAUGACAAUUCCUAAGGGGUCGCUCAUCACAGCUAAUCUGGAUUCUGUGUUAAACGACCCGGACACGUUCGCUGAUCCGGAUAAGUUCGAUCCGUACAGAUAUCUUGGAGAGGAUGGCCAACUCACGGGAAAGGAGAAAUCGGUAAUGGCAUUUUCUUUGGGAAGACGAGUUUGUCUCGGUGAAUCUCUGGCAAGACUUGAACUGUUUCUGAUUCUGACGUCCCUAGUUCAGAGAUUUGACCUUGUACCUGAAGACCCAGACUGUUUACCGACCUUAUUGCCCGUUCCCGGGGCAACACUACCACAACCGUAUAAAUUCCGGGCUUUAAAACGGACAUAAAAUGUGUACGUGUACAAUACUAGAGGAUUGCAAUUGUGAAACACAGCUGUAUAUUCUUUUCACGUGUUUAAAAAAAGAACAAAUUAACGGUCUCCGUGUUGUUAACAGGAUCAUUCUUCAUGUAUCAGUUUAAAUAAGUAUCUUAGAAGUAUUUUAGAUGUGGUUAUAAAAUGUUACUGUUAUAUCAUGUGUAUGUUGUGUAUAUCGUUGUAUAACUGUAAUGAAGAAUAAAAAAAAUCAAUCAAAA